AUAAUAUUGCAAAACAUAUCCUUCCAUUUUCUCCCGUUUACUUGUUCUUAGCAAACGAGUAACGACGUGUUCAAGGCGUGUAGAAUAGCGUGUCCAAAAAAGUGCGUCCUACCCCUUUUCUCCUUCUUAAUUUUAGCCUCCUCUGAUAAUAAAUUAACCUUUCCUAAUUUCAUAUUACCACCAUUAACAUCCUACUUAACACAGUAAAAAUUAAUUUCCUAAUUUUGGCUCUUCUUACCCAAAAAAAAAAAAAAAAAUUAUAAUUUCACCCUCCCCACCCAUAAAACGCGGUGCUUCAUCUCCUCAUAUAACUCCACCCUCUCUGCCUUAGGGUUCUCUCAUCCACCCCACCCCCAUUUUCUCUCUCCUAAAUUUUCUGCGAUCUUCAAUCUUUUCGUCAAUUAUCAACCUCUCUUUUCAUUUUUUUUCAUUUUUCCCUUUCUGGGUAUUUCUUGAUUUCUUCAAUUUUCACAAUUUUUAGACAUCUUUUUGCAAUUUUUUCAAUACCCAAAUCAAAAAAAUUGUGAAAUGCCGGCAAAAGAUUAGAUUUUGAUGAACUUUUUGUAUCUGGUUAUCUCAUAAUUUCUCCAAAAAUCUCAAUUUUUUCGUCAUUGAUUGAAUUUAAUUAUACCCAAAUAAAAAUAAUUAGUGGUAUUUUCUCUGAGAAAUGCCCGCAACAGAUUACCAAGGUUCAGGAAGUCCGUUGACGAAUUUCGGCCGUUCGAUUUUGAGUAUAAGACGUGAUCAAGGUCAAGUUCAUUCAACAAUGGAGGGUUCACAUGACCCAACAAAUCAAGAAUUCGAGCUCGAAACGUUUCAAAAACAAGUAGCAGAGCAAUUCAAUGAGUUAUCAUCAGCAGGUUCAGAUGAGCUACUUUCUCUUUCUUGGGUUCGUAAUUUGUUAGAUGUUUUCAUUUGUUGUCAAGAAGAAUUUCGUAUUGUUUUGUUUAAUAAUAAAGGGUAUUUGAAUCGAGCACCAAUGGACCGAUUAAUUGGUGAAUUUUAUGAAAGAAGUGUUAAAGCUCUUGAUGUUUGUAAUGCAAUUAGAGAUGGAAUUGAACAGGUUAGACAAUGGGAGAAAUUGUUGGAAAUUGUGAUUUGUGCUCUUGAUAAUCAGAAGAGUUUAGGUGAAGGUCAAAUUCGCAGGGCGAAAAAAGCUUUGAUUGAUCUCUUGAUUGGAAUGUUGGAUGAGAAGGAAUCGAACGCGGCUCUAGCACAUAGGAAUAGGUCAUUUGGAAGGAAUAAUGGUAGUAGUGGUGGCGGCAAGGAUCAGCAGAAGAAUAUGGGACAUUUCCGGUCACUAUCUUGGAGUGUUUCGAGGUCGUGGUCGGCCUCGAGGCAGCUCCAAGCAAUGGGGUAUAAUCUGAAUGCUCCAAGGGCGAAUGAUGUUAUGGCAACUAAUGGACUUGCUGUUGCUGUGUACACUAUGAGUUGUGUGUUGUUAUUGGUAAUGUGGGCAUUAGUAGCUGCUAUUCCUUGCCAGGACCGCGGACUGCAGACGCAUUUUUCGAUCCCUAGACAGUUCAUUUGGGGACCCCUGGUUUCGUCAAUUCAUGAGAGGAUCUUGGAGGAGAGUAAGAAGAAGGAUAGGAAGAAUGCUUGUGGAUUGUUGAAAGAGAUAUAUCAGACUGAGAAAUGGACUCGUCAAAUGAAUGAAUUACUCGAUUCGUUGCAAUUCCCAUUGUCGGAGGAGAAGGAGGCUGAGGUUAGGCAACGAGUCGAGGAGCUUAAGCAGGUUUUCGAGACUCUGAAACAAGGGCUAUACCCCUUGGAGAGGCAGGUCAGAGAGGUGUUUCAUCGGAUUGUUAGGAGUCGAACUGAAGGGCUCGAUUCGUUGGGUCGUGCAGGCAGUUCUGAAUGAAAAUCGACUGCUUUCGAUAGUUUGGAUUACAUUGGAUAGAUGGAAUACAUUUGUUUUGUGGAGUUUUUGGUUUCUAAUGGGUAGCAAAAUCAACAUUGAUGCUGCUUUACCAAGAAAUAUGUGGAUUAGAAAAUGAAUGUGUCUUGUAUUUAUGAUUGUGAUCAGCAUCAAAUAUAAUUGUGUAGAUUAAGAAAACAAAAAAAUGUUGGGAUCUUCUUGAUCCAUAAUUCAGCUGCUGUUGUUGCUGGGAUUAUCUGUAGUCUGUCAGGAUGCUGUUGCUGUUUGUAUAAUCCAGAGUUUCAGACAGGCUUUUUGCUUCUGGGUUGUGUAGUUGAACAAUGUUCUUCAAUCUUGACUGCUUCUUUCUUUCUUUUUUUUUUUUUUUUAGGUUUUGAAAUUAGUGUUUUUUUUUUUUUUUUUUAAAAAAAAUUUAUGUGUAUUUAGGAUUUCUUUUUUCUUGGGAUUAUGGAUAUUGGAUACUUAACUUCUGUAAGAAGAAAGAAAUUUUUU